AUGGUCAUUGGCCAUCUUUUGAUACUACCGCUACCCUAUCACGUGCUCCCCGACCAUGUUGGAGGUCCUACACAAGCCCUACCCCACGUGACCCACACAUACCAUUUUGAAUCCGAAUCUAUCUCAAAGGUCAAUGCUAGAGAUACUAGUAUCAUUGAGCAGAUAUUUACUGAACAGAUCCCAAGUUUUGACCUCAGAGCGCAACAGCAAGACCCAAAACGCCAGUUGCGAGCAGUAGCCCGUCAACAACUCUGGGUGCUUCGCGGCGCAAGUUUUGAUACCAGCCCGAUGGUGUUACCGGACAUGGGGUUCAUUCACCUCUUCGGGCCUCGCAUGCUAGUCCUCGCUCAAGGGAAAUGGCAAAAUAUUGAAAAACCUGGGCUUGUCAUCGGCCGGGGCAUAGCCAUAUACAGUCAUUCAAUAACUUAG